AUGGGAUAAUAUGAAGAGUCUAUUUAAUGGCUAGAUAGAGUUUUAAAAAUCGAUUAAAAUAAUGUUGAAGCCCUAGCAACUAAAGGAAUGUCUUUAACUAUGAUGGGAAGAUAUUAGGAGGCUAUCGAAUGGCUUGAUAAAGCAUUGGCUAUAGAUCCUUAACAUUUAUACUCAUUGUCAGAUAAAGGUGGUUGUUUAGCAAAUUUGAAUUUACCUUAGUAGGCUAUCGAAUAUUUCAAUUAAGCAUUAAAAGUUGAUUAAAAACACUUAUAUUCUUUAUCAUAAAAGGGUAACCAACUAUUCAAUUAUUUAGGUAUGUGUUUAAUAAUGAUGGGAUAAUAUCAUGAAGCAAUUGAAUGGUUAGAUAAAUCUUUGAGGAUUGAUCCAAAGCACUUUUAUUCUCUAUCUAGUUUAGGAGGAUGCUUAGCAAUUUUGAACUAAUUUUAAGAAGCCAAUAUAUGGUUCAAUAAAGCCUUGUCUAUAAAUGAGUUCGAUGUUUAUUGCUUAUCUUAAAAGGGUAUUUAUUGGGAUUCUACUUAUUAAUUAGCCUAUUGUCUAUCAAUGAUGGGACAAUCUUAAUUGUCUAUCAAAUUAUUUAACAAGGCCUUAGCCAUCAAUCCUAAUCAUAUCUAUUCUUUAUCUGCAAAGGCUCAUUGCUUAAGUCUUAAUGGAGAAUACUCUCAAGCUCUAAAAUGUUUGGAGGAAGUGCUCAGAUUAGAACCAAACCAUGAACCAUCAUUAAGAUUAAAAGUGAAUUGCUUAACAUUAUAAUCAAACUAGGAUGGAACAAUUUAGCAUAAAUGA